UGUAAUGAAGCAAGCUUUAGGUGGGGCCACCAAAGACAUGGGCAAGAUGCUGGGUGGGGAGGAGGAGAAGGACCCAGACGCAGCCAAGAAGGAGGAGGAGCGGCAGGAGGCGCUGAGGCAGCAGGAGGAGGAGAGGAAGGCCAAGCACGCCCGCAUGGAGGCGGAGAGGGAAAAAGUACGGCAGACCAUCAGGGACAAGUAUGGGCUGAAGAAGAAGGAGGAGAAGGAGGCGGAGGAAAAAGCAGCCAUGGAGCAGGCCUGCGAGGGUUCCCUGACGCGCCCGAAGAAGGCGAUCCCGCGGGGCUGUGGCGACGACGACGAAGAGGACGAGGAGAGCAUCCUCGACACUGUCCUCAAGUUUCUGCCUGGACCCCUACAGGACAUGUUCAAGAAGUAA